AUGGCCUUUACCAGUCUGUGUAAAAUCGCAGGACUGAAUUGUUGUUCAUUCAGUUGUUCAUGGGAUUGGGGAGGUGUUCCCUGUUGUUCAUGGGAUUGGGGAGGUGUUCCCUGUUCAUGGGAUUGGGGAGGUGUUCCCUGUUGUUCAUGGGAUUGGGGAGGUGUUCCCUGUUCAUGGGAUUGGGGAGGUGUUCCCUGUUGUUCAUGGGAUUGGGGAGGUGUUCCCUGUUCAUGGGAUUGGGGAGGUGUUCCCUGUUGUUCAUGGGAUUGGGGAGGUGUUCCCUGUUCAUGGGAUUGGGGAGGUGUUCCCUGUUCAUAGGAUUGGGGAGGUGUUCCCUGUUCAUGGGAUUGGGGAGGUGUUCCCUGUUCAUGGGAUUGGGGAGGUGUUCCCUGUUCAUGGGAUUGGGGAGGUGUUCCCUGUUGUUCAUGGGAUUGGGGAGGUGUUCCCUGUUGUUCAUGGGAUUGGGGAGGUGUUCCCUGUUCAUGGGAUUGGGGAGGUGUUCCCUGUUCAUGGGAUUGGGGAGGUGUUCCCUGUUGUUCAUGGGAUUGGGGAGGUGUUCCCUGUUCAUGGGAUUGGGGAGGUGUUCCCUGUUGUUCAUGGGAUUGGGGAGGUGUUCCCUGUUCAUGGGAUUGGGGAGGUGUUCCCUGUUCAUGGGAUUGGGGAGGUGUUCCCUGUUGUUCAUGGGAUUGGGGAGGUGUUCCCUGUUGUUCAUGGGAUUGGGGAGGUGUUCACUGUUUACCAGUCUGUGUAA